GCCGAAUCAUUCUGUUGGGGCAUCUCGUGGCGAACAAGCCGCAAUAUAAACAGAGAACAAACCAGUCUAAAAACCAUGCAAAGUAAUUGCUUAAUUUUGGCUUUGGGCCUGCUGCUGGUGCUGGGAUUUGGUGCUGCAGCCGCUGGAGAUCGCGAUCAGUGGGUGUGGCACUCCGCCAACCGACAGCAGCGUUCCUUUCGGGACGGAGACAUUGGCAGGAGUCGAAGUGCUGCCAUAAGGAAUUCCUACGACAAUAAGCUAAGACGAGAGCCAACCACACGCAGACCUCUGCCGGGAGAGCCAGAGAACGAUGAGAUCGAGGACUAUGCGGAUGUGGUGGAUCCCACUAGGACAUCGCAGGACUCAACCCCGAAUGUGGGCACGCGGCAGUACAAUCCUUAUGGGGGACAACCGAAUGCAGGACAAUUUGGUGGCUCAGGGCUCUCUGGAGGAUAUGGCGGCAGUCCGGGAGUUCUUGUGGGCCCAGGGGGACCCACGGGAAUCAUUGGCAGGCAGCCCCUGUAUCCGUCGCCCUACCAGCCCGGCUAUGGAGGAUUCAAUGGAGCACAGAAUGGCAUUGGCGGCUUUCCUGGAGGAAUCUAUGGCGGACAAUCGGGCGCAGGACUGCAGGGUUAUCCCACAGCUGCUGGAUCUGGAGCUGGCUAUCCAGGCGGCAGCCUAGGAGGAGGCUUUGGUGGUUUUCCCAGCAAUGGACUGGGCGGCGGGCAGUUCCCUGGCGUGGGACAGCAGUUCCCAGGCGCUGGCCAACAGUUCCCUGGCGCUGGCGCACAGUUCCCUGGCGCUGGCGGACAAUAUCCCUUUGGGGGAUCCUUCCCAGGUGGAGAUUUCAGUGGCAAUCAGUUUGCAGGGCAGUUCCCGGGCAUUGGGGGACAGCAAUUCCCCUCGAAUCAGUUUGGCGGCGGACCGCAGUACACCGAGGGCUAUGGCCUGGCAGGAGGAGUGGGUCUGGGACAGCAGUUGGGUAUCGGCGGAGGCGGAGGUCUCGGCCCCUAUGGAGGCGGCAACUUUGGCUUCGAUGAAAAGUCCGCCUCCAGUCCAGUGGUGGCCGAGGGCAAGAGUGCCAAGAGCGUGGCAGCAGCGCCCAGGAAUGUCAACGAUAAGUUAAGCAAGAAGAUCUAGGAUGAAGGAUCCAGUAUCCCGGAACCCUUAGACGUACUCCCACCCCGCACACUCCUCAGUUGUAUAUAGAACCCAACUUUACUUAUAUGUAUAUGUAGAUAUGUGUGUAUAUGUAGUUG